AUGCAAAUAAUAAGUCCGUUAAAAAAAAAGAUGAACAUAUCUCUAAAUACUUCGCGAGAUGGCAGGACUUCAUUAUAAGAAGUCAUCACAAGUCAGACUGAAUAAAUAGUCAAAAGUAAUCAACUAGAAUAAGAAUUGCAUCGAGUUAAUCAAUAGAGGAAAUUAUUAAUAAUGGAAUUGGAUGAUUUGAGCAAUAAAUAUGUUGAAAAGUCAGAAGCUCUAUAAGAAUGCGAGUUGGAGAAUGCUCUUUUGAGGAGAUAGGUACAGGAUUGCAGAAAGCAGGAAGACAUUACGAAAUUGCACACAUUAUUAUAGUAAAUAUUUAUUAAAAGCAGAUAGAAAAACCAAAUCAUCUUAGAAUGGACUAAGAAAUUUGAAUUUAUGGAGAAGAGAUUGGAAAACGAGAAGAAUUUAGAACAGUAAGGAAAAUAAUUGUAGUUUUAAAAUGAAAUACUUAAACAAUAAUUGAGUGAAUUAAAGUAGUCGUAGUUGGUCUUAUCCAAGAAUUAUUUAGAACUCAAAGAAGAAAGAAAUUAAUAUUAUAGACAAUUCAUUGAUUAAUCAUAAGCAUUCUAGAAAUUGGAUUCUAAACAGAGACAAUUAGAAAUUGAGAGGAAUUAACUCUAAUCUGAACUAAUGCAAUUCAAAUAAGAUAGUCUUGCAUCCAAAGAGCAAACAAGUCACCUGGAGAGUAUGCUAAAAAAGAAAAACAAAUGGAAAUCUAGAUAUCAAGAGUUACUCAAAGAAUAUUAAGAAAAUCAGAAGGAGAGUUCAAGUGAAAGUAUGGUCGAGUAACUGAAGGCCGAAGUUUAGAAUGGUAGCAAUGAGAAGGAAAUGAAUGAAAAUUGCAACAAUGAAGAAUUGAAUGAUAUGAAGGAUAAGUUAUAACAGUUGGAAUAGGAGAAUCUGUAUUUACGGGAAUAGAACAUUGAAUUAAGAAAUCAAUUCUAAAGUGCCACUGAUAAACUCUUAAAACUACAAUUACAAAGUUCAAUGACUAAAGAAUAAAGCUAGACCUUUUCUUUUGUACAAUAUCAUCAUGAAUAUUGUGAUUCAUUAGAAUAAUAGCAAAUCUAAGAUUGA